UACAUUUGAGGCAUAUAAAGUAUUAAUACCUGCAUUCAAUAACAAUUAUAAUGUAUCCGUGGUGCGUGACUAUAAAUCUUUGAUGCAUAGAUAAAGGGUUUAAACGUUUGAAAGCUUAUACUUUCUCUUCAUAAUUUUACAGAGAUAACUGGAAUUUGGAAAAUUUAUUCAGAGAGAUAACUGGAAUUUGGAAAAUUCAUUCAGAGAAUGGACCAGUUUCGAGAUUCUUCAGAGGGUAUUUAUGUGAAAAGGAGGCAGUCUCGAGAUCGUCGAUGUGUUAUAAUUUGUGUGGUAUCUGUUGGAAUAGCCGCAUUUGUAAUAGGAAUUUUGAUUGGUCGGUUUGCUACAUGCCCGGAUGAAGAAACACCGGAAGAGAGAUCGGGAGUUUUCCUCGAAGGGGUUACAGAAAAACUAAUGAAAGAUGCAGAUCCAGAAGUCAGUGACAUUCUCAUUAAGGGCAUGCGUGCUGAAAAUAUACGUGAAAAUCUAAGAAUGUUAACAGAAAAACCUCACUUGGGAGGAACCGAAGAAAAUCACGAACUUGGAAGAAAAUUGAAGAAAUUUUGGGAAGAUAACGGUUUCGACCACGUGACUAUGGCACCGUAUGAAGUCCUAUUGUCGUAUCCGAACAUGUCAAACCUUAACUUUGUCGAACUAUUGGACGGAGAAAAAACAGUUUAUAAAUCAAACUUGACCGAACCAAUUCUCACACCGGAAGAAGAUAAACCGGAUGUAGUUCCGCCAUUUAAUGCGUAUUCUCCUGCAGGAGAUGUAAAAGGUGAUGUGGUGUAUGUUAACUAUGGACGGGUAGAAGACUUUCAGUUCUUGGAGAGAAACAUGUCCAUCAACGUCACUGGAAAAAUUGUGCUGGCGAGAUAUGGGAAGAUAUUCCGCGGAAACAAGGUCAGACAUGCAGAGGAGCAUGGUGCUAUUGGAAUUAUUCUGUAUUCAGACCCCGACGAUAUUACAGCAGGCGAUAUUGACAAAGUAUAUCCGGAUGACUGGUGGCUUCCGCCGUCUGGUGCCCAGCGCGGUAGUAUCUAUAUUGGUGUUGGUGACCCGCUCACACCUGGAUAUCCGGCCAUUGCUACGGCAUACAGACGAAAAGAUCCGGAGGAAUGGAUGCCAGGCAUCCCAUGUCAUCCUGUAGGAUACGGUAUAGCAGUUCAAAUUAUGAGUGAGUUAGGCGGCAAAGUGGUCAAAGAACAAUGGAAAGGAAAGAUGAAUACAACGUAUAGAUAUGGAGGAACAUUUAAAACGCCCAAUUGGAAAGCUCGAAUAUUUGUAUCCACAAAAGACAAGAUGGUCACAACUUAUAAUACAAUUGGUGUUAUACGAGGCAGUAUAGAGCCAGAUCGUUAUGUAUUGGUUGGUAACCAUAGAGAUGCAUGGGUAUUUGGUGCCCUUGACCCUUCCAGCGGUACAGCUGUAAUGAUGGAGAUGUCAAGGGUUAUGGGUCAACUCGUUAAAUCAGGAAAAUGGCGACCUCGGCGAAGUAUACUAUUUUGUAGUUGGGGAGCAGAAGAAUACGGUCUGGUCGGCUCUAUUGAAUGGGUUGAGCAUUAUACAAAAACUCUUGGUGCCAGAGCCAUUGCUUACUUAAAUGUUGAUAUAGCAGUUGAAGGUAAUUUCUCACUACGUGCACUUGGCACUCCACUUAUAUUUAAGUCCCUCUAUGAAGCAACAAAGAAAGUACCAAACCCUAACCCUACAGAGGUGAACUUAGGUCGGACAACAAUUUACGAUACAUGGAUGUCUACCUUUCCUUGGACAAAAUACAACAGACCAAUGAUAACUUUGCCGGGAUCUGGAAGUGAUUAUGCACCAUUUAGAGAUCGCAUUGGUAUACCGAAUGUUGACAUAAGAUUCACAUGGGACAAGAGAAACCUGAAGUUAUCGGCAUAUCCAAUGUACCAUUCCGUAUAUGAAACGUUUUACCUAGUGGACAAAAUUAUGGACAUAGGAUUCAAGCACCAUAAAGCACUUGGUCAGAUCUGGGUGGAGAUGGCGAGAGACCUCGCAGAUAGUCUGAUACUACCUUUUAACGUUUCUGAUUAUUCAGACGCUUUACGUGAUCUUAGUGAUAACUUACUGGAUCACUUUGGGCCAUUGAUGACGGAGAAUAAUGUGAACACAAAUGACCUCAAACAGGCUGUUUUUAACUUCACUGAAGCUGUUCAUGAAUUUGAGAAAAUUGUAAAAGAUUCUAACCUGAAUGAUCCAUUUGUGGUGCGGCGAAUCAAUGAUCAGUUAAUGGACAUAGAUAGAGCUUUUAUUGACCCGUUUGGACUUCCUGGGCGGAAGUAUAAAAGAAAUAUUAUAUUUACUGAAAGCAGUAUCGACAGUUAUGCAGGAAGUAGUUUCCCGGGACUCUCAGAUGCCUUGACGCUCAUAGAGCAGAAAAAAGAUGUAGAGAAGCAGUGGGAAAUAGCAAAGAAACAUUACUCUGUGGUUUUAUAUUCUAUACAAGGCGCUGCAACAAUUUUAAAAGAUGUUUCCAAUUUCAUGUACGAUUAUUAAACACGAAUUGUAAUGUUUUAUACUUGGAGGCAACAUUUUAACUAUAAACUGAACAAGAAGACAUAUAUUUUAUACAGAAAGGUUGCCUUCAUAGUUUAAUGAUAAGACGACAUGUUAUAAGUAUUUGACUUAACCCUUAUCCUGCUGAAACGGACAGUUAUUAGCUUUUGUCGACAGUGGAGAGCCAGGCUAGUCUGUACUUCCGGACAAUCUGACCAGGUUCUAUCCUGUUAGUAGCCUUGAUAAUGAAAUCUGUUUAACUUUGAAUGUACUGUUUCAAAAUUUAAAGCCAGGAAAAUCUGUAACACAAAUGCAGCAUGUUAAGGGUAAAGAUAUGAACAGAUUUAAGAAAUUGACGUUUAGUUAUUUUUGUAUACUACUUCUGUCUAAAUGAUAUUAAUAUCAUUAUAUUUGUAACCGAUGUAAUAAUGAUGCACAAUGCAUAUGUCAUAUGGAUGUAUUUAAUAACAAAAUGUUAAAGAAUAUUUUAUCAAAUGUAUAGAUGAGAAUAAAUUUAUAUGCAAUACAUAUAGUCUUUUUCAAUUCUAGC